AUGACGCCAAGAAGCAAGAAGCCCUCGGCCGGCGAAAUCUACGUCGCCAUGCCACCCACCGAGGUCCCUGAGGUCCCCGAGGUCCCCGCCGAGCCUGAGGAGCCCGUCGAGGAGGAGCCCGAGGAGCCCGAGGAGCCCGCGCUCCCCCUUGAGCUCCCCGCGCCCGGCCCCAACCCCUUCGAGGGCAAGACCCUCUUCGCCAACCCCGAGUGGUCCCAGAAGCUCGAGCAGACCUACGACGCUUUCGUCGAGGCCGGAGAUGAGAAGAACGCCGCCAGGGUCCGCGUCAUCCAGGAUAUUGGUACCUUUGUCUGGGUCUCCAACAUUGCCAGCUUGAAGAACAUCGAUGCCGCCAUCGAGUCGGCCCGCGCCGUCAAGGAGGAGACUGGCGAGGACGUCAUCGUCGGUCUCGUUCUCUACAACCUCCCCGACCGUGACUGCUCCGCUGGAGAGUCCGCGGGUGAGUUGAAGAGCGAGGAAGACGGUCUUCAAAGGUACAAGGACGAGUACAUCAAGCCCUACGCUGAGAAGGUCAGCGCGGCGGACGACCUCACCUUUGCCAUCGUCCUCGAGCCCGAUUCGCUCGCCAACGCCAUCACCAACACCGGCAUUCCCUUCUGCGAGCAGGCUAUCCCCAUCUACGAGGAGGGUAUCGCCCACGCCAUCUCCCAGCUUCAGUUCGACAACGUCCACCUGUACCUCGAUGCCGCCCACGGUGGCUGGCUUGGCUGGGACGACAACCUCGAGCCGACCGCCAAGCAGUUCGCCAAGGUCGUUCGUCUCGCCGGUGAAGGUACCCAGCGCAUCCGAGGCUUUGCCACCAACGUCUCCAACUACAACCCCUACAACGCCACCGUGCGCGAGAACUACACUGAGUGGUCCAACUCCUGGGACGAGAACCACUACACCCAGUCCCUCGCUGCCUUCCUCGAGAUCGAGGGUCUCCCUACCAGCUUCAUCGUUGACCAGGGCCGUGUCCAUCUCCCUGGUGCCCGCGAAGAGUGGGGUGAGUGGUGCAAUGUCGCCCCUGCCGGUUUCGGUGGCGCUCCCGGAUCGUCGACUUUCGGCAACGAGUUUGUUGACUCUUUGGUCUGGAUCAAGCCCGGUGGCGAGUCUGACGGCGAGUGCGGAAUGGAGGGCGCUACCCGCGCUGGUGUCUGGUUUGACGAGUACACUCAGAUGCUCGUAAGGAACGCCAACAAGGAGCUCUUCCCCGAUGAGCCCGAGGAGGAGGUCCCUGAGGAGGAGACCCCGAGGAGGAAGCCCCCGAGGAGGAGGCCCCUGAAGAGGAGGCCCCUGAAGAGGAGGCCCCGAAGAGGAGGCUCCCGAGGAGGAGGCUCCCGCGGAUGA